AUGGCACACUUCGGACGACACAAGAAGAAGACCAAACGCAGCGCUGCGAAUCUACGCGACUCCGGCUUCGACGAGUCCGUCCCUGCUCCCAAGCCGACGACUUCUGACCCUGAGCCGGCCGCUUCCAAUGGCGCCGAUGGCGCUUCGAUCGCCCCUGCUACGGCCCUGGCAGUCUCCGACGGCCCGCGUCCUUCGACCCCUCCCGCUCCGACCGCGACGGCGCCUUCUGCUCCACCCGCUUCUCCGACUGCAAUCGCACCAGGCCCAAGCAGCUCAUCCUCCGCGAACAAGACACUUGCCGCCUUUGACGCUGCGCUCGUGCCUCCUCGCGAGUUCCACCGAGGCCCGGAAACGAUUCCGGAGCUGAACAAGUACUCGGACAAGGUCGCAGCCAUCACUGGCUAUCACGUUUCCGCAUACAACAAGCGCGUGAUGCUCGAGUUCCAUCUCGUCGGCUCGAUGGACCAGUUGUUCGUAUCCGAGUACGACGCAAGCUGGGCGGCCCAUCAGAAGGUACUCGACUUUUGGGCUACUCAGCCCCGCGGGCGUGCUUACGCCGUCGGCAGGGGCAAUGUGCAGACGGCCUAUCUCGCUAUGGCCGUCAUUGGCCAUCGAAACGACUCCUCCAGGGGACUGGAAAUCCAGGUGGUUUGGCAGGGGCAGCCGUUGGGCGUCGCAACAUGGGAACUGUACCACUGGCGUCGUGGCGGCAUUCCCGAGGCUAUGACGGAUGCGUAUUGGCGCGCCGCAGGCAUCGUACCGCCUGCGAACAUGGCCGACUUUCCAAAGUGCGAGCCUCAGGGCGUGAACCUGGCAGACGUAUACAUUCCGGAGAAAACGUUCCUUGACUUGGGUUCCACCUGGACCUCAGGCAACUUCGCAUUCGAGGCAUUGGAGGAGGAGCGCCAGGUGGAGGGCAGCUCGUUUCGCAUCUACGUCGGAGGCACUUGUUGGUACCGAGGAUGA